CCCAAGCUGCCUUGCGGCCCGGGCCCCCCUUGGGGUAUCCCUCACUUCUCGGUCAUCAUCACUAUUAAAAAUUACGACCUCUCAUUCUAGUAUCGGUCCUUACACCUUAGUCUACUGCAUCAUGGCAUCCAUGAACCAAGUUCUUACUGAAUAUGCCACUCGCCGCGCGACACUAGAAGCCAGUAAAAACCCCUACGCCAAGGGAAUCGCCUGGGUUGAAGGGCAACUCGUCCCCCUCAGGGAGGCCCGGAUCCCCCUAAUUGAUCAAGGCUUUUUACGCAGUGAUUUAACCUACGAUGUCAUCUCCGUCUGGGAUGGCCGGUUCUUUCGCCUAGAUGACCACCUUUCCCGACUCGAAUUGGCCUGCGCGAAGUCGCGUCUCAAGUUGCCCAUUUCCCGCGAUGAAGUGAAACAAUCCCUGGUUAGGAUGGUCGCUCAAGGUGGUAUUCGAGAUGCAUAUGUGGCUUUGAUUGUGACGCGGGGAUUGCAGAGUGUUCGCGGUGCCAAGCCGGAGGACUUGGUGAACAACCUGUACAUGUUUGUACAACCCUAUGUAUGGGUAAUGGAACCAGAGGUUCAACGGGUCGGUGGAAGUGCUGUUGUUACUCGAACUGUUCGUCGGGUGCCCCCAGGAGCUAUUGAUCCUACUGUAAAGAACCUACAAUGGGGUGACCUGACCCGAGGUAUGCUCGAGGCCGCCGAUCGAGGCUCCAUGUACCCGUUCCUGACGGAUGGAGAUGGCCAUCUCACCGAGGGGUCCGGAUACAAUAUCGUUCUAAUCAAGGACGGUGCCAUUUAUACGCCUGAUCGCGGUGUGCUGCAUGGUGUCACCAGGACAAGUGUCAUUGAUGUUGCACGAGCGUGCGGUCUCCAAGUUCAUCUCGAGGCUGUGCCGGUGGAGUUGGUAUACCGCUGUGAUGAGAUAUUCAUGUGCACAACAGCAGGUGGAAUCAUGCCCAUCACUGAGCUGGAUGGCAAGCCUGUAAAUGGGGGGCGGAUUGGUCCGAUCACGAAGAAGAUCUGGGACGGGUAUUGGGGUAUGCAUUAUGAUCCAGCCUACAGCUUCGCAGUUAGUUAUGAUGACGGAUCAAAGGCAAAGCUCUGAGUGUAGAGGAGUGGCAAAGGCUGAGAUUCGGAUGUUGCAUACCCGUAACAAGGGUGACUAUCUGGCACCCUUCUGUCGUGGUCUUGUAGAUCCCUGUGAAGCCUUGGCCUCCGUGUGUCUAUAGUAGAUAAGAAUUCUACUCCUGGCAUGAUAUAGUCAUUUUCAAUGAUCAAACAUUGUCCCGAC